AUGAUUGCUACAAAAUCAAUCAUUUUGUUGGUCGUGGCAGCCUUGGCCAUGUACCAUUUUGCAUUACGCACAAACAACCACCAUCAUGCCUCAUCAUCAUCAUCUUGUCAAAGCGCCUUUCCCAACUCGAUCAUGGCAACAGCAUGGAAUCGGUGCUUGCAUUGGAAUAGUAAUGAUCCUGAUACUGGCAGCGACCCUUUACCUAAAAAGAAAUACGGGUAUUUCCUACACAUCACGGAUAUGCACGUGGACAAGAACUAUAUUCAAGGGGGCACCAAAAAGAGUGCAUGUCAUCGAGAUCCAAAGGAGGAUCGUCGUUACAGAGCUGGAAGAUUAGGGGCACCAUUUGAAAAGUGCGAUGCCCCAGUUGCUUUAGCUCAGGAGACGUUGGAUUGGAUUAGUCGUGAAUGGAAGGACAAGCUGGAUUUUGUAAUUUGGACAGGUGAUAAUGCAAGGCAUGACUGGGAUCGGAAAGAACACCGUAAACGGAAUCAAAUUCUUGAGCUCAACAAGCUAGUAACGGAUAUGAUGACCGAUACCUUUGGCGACUUGCCCAUCAUCCCAACCUUGGGCAACAAUGAUGUCUACCCACACAAUGUGGUUGUUGAUAGAGACAACAUCCUUGAAUACUAUCACCAUUUAUGGCUACGAUGGAUUCCAUCCGACCAACGACAACAAUUUCUACGCGGUGGAUAUUUUGCAGCCGACAUCCCUGGUUUGAAAUUACGGGUUGUAUCGUUGAAUACAAUGUACUUUUUCAAAAAGAAUAAGGCUGUCAAGAAUUGCCGAAAGGAGGGUCCUGCUCGAGAUCACCUUGAAUGGUUCGAGAAACAGCUUCAAAGUGCUCGCAACACUGGUAUGCGUGUCAUUGUCAUGGGUCAUGUUCCACCUUCACCACGUGAUUAUCGUAAAACUUGCUUCAAGGGGUAUUUGGAUCUCGCAGCCGAGUAUGCCGAUGUCAUUGUCAGCCAUCAUUAUGGCCAUCUCAAUAUGGAUCAUUACUUGCUCUAUGACACAACGCAGUCUUUUAGUCUCUACAGCCAACCUUACACCUACCUCGAUGAAGAUGAUGAUGAAGAUGAGCCUGUUUACUCAAUCACACGCAAUAUUGCAAAAUACGUUGGCUGGUUGCAUGAUUUAUAUUCGUCACUGGAUGUUGAUCAAGAUGUCCUUGAGAAUCCACCACCUCAAGUCAAAUCACCUCUUGUUGCCAUUCAAGUCUCACCCUCCGUUAUCCCCAAAUACUAUCCAUCGGUGCGUAUUUACCAAUACAGCGUGCCUGAAGAUGAUGGUGAAAAGCAAGAAGGAGAUGGCUUUGAGCUGAUGAACUACACGCAAUAUUACGCCAACAUCACGCAUUGGGAAACGGAGCAUCCAGAAGAACCACUCGAAUAUCAAGUAGAGUACAGCACUCACGACGACUAUGAUCUUGAAGAUUUGUCCGCUUCUAGCCUCUUCAAAAUGGCCAAGUAUAUGGUUGAAGGUGGCAGCGAUUUAUGGUCUGCCUAUACACGCAACAUGUUUUUGCGUUCUCAAAAUGACACCAUCCCUGGUGAUCUGGAUGACGAUGCCUAUUAA